AUGACGAGCUCCCAACCUCCAGCCAAAAAGCUGGCUGCCGCUGUCCCCAACGCAUCUGAACUGGUAUCUUUUGAACAUGGAGCCGCUGGCCAUCAAGGCAUCUCCUCCAAUGCUUCGGGCUCCCUGGUCAUAAAGCCCUGCGUCCAAGCCGAGAUCGACUUCUACGAGUCUGCUAAGGAGCACCCACUCUUCCAAGCCCAUAUGCCUACCUUUAUCGGCAGUUUGACACAGAACGGCGACGCUGAUGGCUCAGAAACAACAGUCGCUCCUCUGCUUGAACAAGCAGGUGGCAUCCAAGUCCCCGCAGCCAUCUGCCCACCUCAGAACCAGACAGCAGGCACAGGCGCCCCAGGCGUCACAGUCACAAGCCCGACUCCGGGCCUGAUCAAACGUGCGACAUGGAAGCCUUCUGGGGGACAGAAGCUGACCACUGGACUGGCCAUCGUGCUGGAGAACGUGACCAGCGGAUUCAAACACCCAAACGUACUCGACGUGAAGCUCGGCGCACGCCUGUGGGACGACGAUGCGCCCAUCACGAAGCGGAGGAAACUCGACGAGGUCGCCGAACAGACCACCAGUGGCAGUCUCGGCUUCAGAGUCGCCGGCAUGAAAGUCCACCUCGACGGGACGGAAGCCCCGGCGCAGCAAGAGACACCCGAGCCGAACGUCGAGGUCAAGAAUGGAUAUAAGUCCUACAAUAAAAACUAUGGCCGCGGGUUUGACAAGGACAGCGUCGUUGAUGCUUUCACCACGUUUCUUGGUGGCGUCACGCGAGACGACGCUUUAGGGAAGGUUCGGUUCAAGAAGAGCCGUGGUGAGCUCAUUGCCAAGCGCAUCCUGCGUGAGCUGGAGAGUAUCCAAUACGCGCUGGAGAACGAGGAGAUUAGGAUGUACUCUGCGUCCAUCCUACUAGUGUACGAGGGAGAUGACGAGGCGUUGCAGGCGGGCCUGAAGUUCGAGGAGGAGGUAGAUGGCCAGGAACAAGAGGAACAAGAGGAAGAAGCGGAUGAUGACGAAGAUGACGACGAGAUCACGCAAAAAGUCCUCGAGGCUAGGUUGAUUGAUUUUGCCCAUGCGAGCUGGACACCGGGCCAGGGUCCGGAUGAGAAUGCUCUACGCGGGAUCAGGAAUGUUGUCAAGAUUAUGAAAGACUUGCUGGACUAG